GUGACGGUGGAGAGAGGCGUGUCAUGUCGGGUGACAUGGCGGCGCUGGAUCGAGUGAAGGUGCUGGUGCUGGGGGAUUCGGGUGUCGGGAAAUCUUCCUUAGUCCAUUUGUUGUGUCAGAACCAAGUCCUGGGGAAUCCAUCGUGGACGGUCGGCUGCUCGGUGGAUGUCAGGCUUCACGAGUAUCGGGAGGGGACCCCAGAGGAGAAGACCCUCUACAUCGAGCUGUGGGACGUCGGCGGGUCGGUGGGCAGCGCCAGCAGCGUCAAGAGCACCAGGGCCGUCUUCUACAAUGGCGUCAACGGCAUCGUCCUCGUCCACGAUCUCACGAACAAGAAGUCGUCUCAGAACCUUUACCGCUGGUCCCUGGAGGCCCUGAACCGAGACCUGCAGCCCACGGGCGUGCUGGUGACCAAUGGGGACUACGACCGGGAGAACUUUGCGGACAGCCAGAUCCCUCUUCUGGUCAUCGGCACCAAACUAGAUCAGAUCCCAGAGGCGAAACGCAAUGAGGUCCUGACCCGAACGGCGUUCCUGGCUGAGGACUUCAAUGCGGAGGAGAUCAAUCUGGACUGCACUAAUACCCGCUACCUCGCCGCUGGAUCCUCCAACGCCGUCAAACUCAGCAGGUUCUUCGACAAGGUGAUAGAGAAAAGAUAUUUCUCACGGGACGGAAACGCGAUGCCAGGAUUCUCAGAUCGGAAGCGUUUUGGCUCCUUUAAGACUCUGCAUUAUGACUGAGGUGCUGCAGUGACUCGUCAGGAGCAGGUGGGGGCGCUCUUUUUUUGUUUUUGUUUUGUGGA